CAUAACAUAAGCUCUUGAUCAUAUUUCCUAUCACCUACAUUUCUCUGUCUUCAUUAUUUCUCAGUCACGGCUGGAUUUAAUACCCUAUCAUUUAGGUGAGGAAUAUGAUAGAAGUCACAGUUCCACUGUUAAUGAAUGGUUUAGAAGCCACUUAAAGACCUUUACCAAUGAAUUAUUCAACUUGUGUCAGCAUCACAACUCCUUGUAUCCCCAUCUCAUUACAACCGUUAUGUUUUUCGAUAAUGACCAACAGCGAGACUGAGGAUGCAUGUCUUUCUGCUACUUUACCUUCAUCAGAUGGAUGUGUCCACAUUCAAACUGAUAGCUAUAUCCCAUACAUAAAGCCACUACUCAUCGAUUCCAGCAUCGAACUGCCAUCCACUAAGUUAAGGAAUUAUGCCAGCUACCUUCCAAUCAAUAGUAAUUCAUAACAUCUCUAGCCUGAAUAAAAGAUUGUGUGGUCUUCAGUAGCGUAGAAUGUAGGCUGUAUUGGUGUAACAGUUCCUUGUGUAAGUGUAAUAAUAUUGCAGCGUUUUACACCUGUGUUAGCACCGAAAUCAUGAGAGUGUCUUCUUCUCAAUUUGGAGUUGACAGCUGCUAGUAGAACUCAGUUUCAACAGUUAUCGCUUAAAAUGUCUGUGUUAUUCAUGAGCGUGACGAGAUAAGGUAACCGACUUCUGUGCAAUGGUUAUGCUUUUAUUACAGCUUGGAACUCCCGUUUCUCACACUCGGAAUCUCUUCAAAUUCAAAAACAAGAUAUCUGUGUUGGCAUAUCAUUCUCUUGUACGUCUUCUAAGACACGGGCACAUGUAGCUAAAUGCAAAAUAAGCUGAAACUGUCAGCCAAUUCCAAUAAAUUUAUUUUAGAAUGUUUAUUUGAUGUAGCUGAGGAUGAUACAGAAUUAUUUACUUGAUAACAUCUUACACAUACUGAUACUGGGUGGUGAUUAGAGAAGAAAUGAAAACCUAUAUUAUGGUAAGGUUCGAAUAAAAAAUGUUCAGGUUACUGGACAGCUGUUGUGCCAACCCAUUUAUGCAACUCAGCUUCUGUCGACCGCUAAAAUAUCACUUCAGUCAAGGGGGAUUUACCUCGGCUGUCGCGUAGAUGCAUGCUUUUUAACCUCGAAUUCAUUAUAACCCUAUAAGGGGCCCAAAGAGUUUUCUCUUCCCGUUCAAAAUCUCUCUCCCACUAUAAAUCAUGACUAGAAAGUAACAAGAAUCAACACAUGAAGUAGAAAAGAUAUGUGGUUACCUUGAUAGUGCAGAAUAAACAGUGUUCAAAACAUGAUUUGGUAAAUAAUACUGUAUGACCGUAUCCAAUAUUAUCCUUCCCUAGGGGUUCACUGUGGUUCACUGGCAGAGGGACUCGACUUUUAACUGUUGGGUCAUAGGUUAUAGACUCAUCCUGUCUACCACUGCUUGAGUAUGUGGAGAGUAUAACUAGCACUCACACCAGUUUAGUUCAUGAUCCGGUUACCUAGCCUAUGUAUGUGUACCUAGUUGGAUCACUUUUUUUUAUCACAAAACAAGACCAACACUGAAUCAUAAUCUACUGCAGUCCACAAGUGUAGUGUCCCAAUAACCCAUUUAUGCAACUCAGCUUCUGUCGACCGCUAAAAUAUCACUUCAGUCAAGGGGGAUUUACCUCGGCUGUCGCGUAGAUGCAUGCUUUUUAACCUCGAAUUCAUUAUAACCCUAUAAGGGGCCCAAAGAGUUUUCUCUUCCCGUUCAAAAUCUCUCUCCCACUAUAAAUCAUGACUAGAAAGUAACAAGAAUCAACACAUGAAGUAGAAAAGAUAUGUGGUUACCUUGAUAGUGCAGAAUAAACAGUGUUCAAAACAUGAUUUGGUAAAUAAUACUGUAUGACCGUAUCCAAUAUUAUCCUUCCCUAGGGGUUCACUGUGGUUCACUGGCAGAGGGACUCGACUUUUAACUGUUGGGUCAUAGGUUAUAGACUCAUCCUGUCUACCACUGCUUGAGUAUGUGGAGAGUAUAACUAGCACUCACACCAGUUUAGUUCAUGAUCCGGUUACCUAGCCUAUGUAUGUGUACCUAGUUGGAUCACUUUUUUUUAUCACAAAACAAGACCAACACUGAAUCAUAAUCUACUGCAGUCCACAAGUGUAGUGUCCCAAUAACUUUUGAAAUUUGGAAACAACUACAUUGUUUAGAUUUUCAGUUAUGCAGAAGAUCGACUUUUCAAAUCUUCACUCGCCCUCUCUCUCUCUGUCUGUCUCUCACUGCAUGACAUCAUAGCUGACCCUAUGUGAAUAUCUAAACCUGAUGUAGAGUGCUAUCAGUCACUUGCAUCACAGAAAGAAAUUUUCAACAAUUCAUGUACAGAGACUCUCACAUUUAUACACAGUUUAACAAUUAGCUCUAUAUUGGAUGAUAAAUUUGCAAACGAUUCACAAAUUGCAUCCACAGUCCACUUUGAAAGUUUUAAUAGGUCAGUAGUUUUCCAACUACCCAACCAUGAUGCCAACUGAAUUUCCAUUGGAAAUCAUUCAACCAAGAUCAUGAAGUAUGACCUCUGAAACAAAACUACAGUGAACUAAUAAAGUGUACUGCUGGACGGUGUGAGUAUUCAGAGACCACACAGGUAAAAUAUAUAGCAGAUAUCAUGGGAAGUGAAAAAUACUACUAGACAACAAUAUAGUGUGACAUAGUCAUAACACCGAUCCCUAUGUUUCAUAGAAUGAAAGAUAAUGACAUGAACUCCAACAGAUGGUAGGAAGAAAUAACCGAAAAUACUUUCAGCACAUAAAAUGGAUGAUAACUUUCGAGUAUCUUUCCAAAUUCAACAUUUGAUCAUAAACAUUUCAGCAGCUAUGAAAAAUGCGAAUUUACAUUAAUUGAUCAGUGGAAAGUAAUCGACUUUAUCUUGUCCAGUACUAGGUGAUGAUCAAAUCCGAUGGAUCCUUUUUCAGUGUAUUACCAAGAAAACUAGACAGGUGAUCAAUACUGUGCACUUUGAGGGAUGGUGGUUGGUUGGAAGUAAUUGAUAAGAAACUCUGAUUGACCUCGGUUUUAUGCUUCUUAACACUCAUCAGCAGCGCGUGCCUCCAAACUUGAGCAAACUGAUGUCAUCUGAGAGAUAGGAACACGCAUCACACAAUGUUGCAGUCAGGGAUGUUACCUUUGAGCUAUUCGAGCUGCGAUCAACCUGUCACAGGGCUGGAUUAAAUACAUUGAUUGGGUCCAGUCGUCGGUGCUGACUGAAUAUCAUCCAUCGUUUUGUAAUGUGACCAAUUAACCAAGCUGUGACACAUAUUAUUGCGACUCACUCCAAUGGAUGUUGGCUGAUUGGAGGCAAUCCAUAAGAAUCCCUGUGUGAUCAAUGUUUCUGUCGGUACUUCGGACAAGAUAACAUGGAAUUGGUCACUUUCCAGUAAGCAAACAUUCUAUAUUAUAAAGUUCUCAGGCAGGUCAACUAAAUGUCAGCAAGAUCUGUGACUGCAGUUCCAGGUCACCCCAUUUUGGAUCUUUGAGGGGAUAUCAGUCCCAUUGACACUUCAGACACACCCUGCUGACGAAUACUACCGAGCGCGAAAGCAAGAUCCAAUGCUUCCUGCCACCUAACCAAAGUGACUCUGGAUUACAUGUGACUGCAGGUUAAUGUGUAAGAGGGUUUUGACUGGUUUCAUAAAAUGGAUUACGUCUUCGAUAUGAGACUAGUCUAGUUGAUAUCACCCACCACACAAUGAGAUACCACCAUGAUCUAGUAUGGAGUUGCAUACAAUCACAGUGCCUAAUUUAUAUAAUUACGUUAAGGAAUAUGGCCUCUUCUGAUUAGUUGCAAAAUUUAUGAACUAAACCCUACAAACACCACCAUCACCAUCCUUGAUGGUAUGGCACAAUAGCAUAAACAUGGAAAUUGUGUGCAUCAUUAAUUAGCUAAUGAUAAAAAGGUCGACUUCACUUUACAAAUUCCAACAAUAUUUCAUACUACUUACAUUUGUGAGUAGUAAGGACGAAACCGACGUAAAAAUGCGUAGCGAAAUCAUGGAUUAUACACUAAAGUAAUUAUGAAGGGAACACUGUAAACACUUCUUUUAUGUUUUCGUAAUGAUACAGGAUAUCCGGUUGUACCAAUCACAACCAAAAUCAAACAAAUCUCCUGAAAGAGAAAGAAAGGAAUGGAGAAAACAUUCAGAUUUGGUUUAGGAGAUUUUUUCAAAAUAGAGAACAACAAACAUAAGAGGAUAUGAGAAAUUUCUGGUUCCAUUCAACUUCCGGUUCCGGUAUUCAGUAGAAUUUCGCUGGUUACUUGCUUGGAAAAGGAAGGAAGGAAAGAAAGGAGAGGAGAGGAGAGAAGAGAAAUAAGGGAGUUUUGAAAACACAUUUGUAUUAUUAUUAUUUUCAUAUUUAUCUACAGGGAGCUGGUAUUGCUGAGUUUGAUCACAGCUUGACCAAAAAUAUUACCUGAAACUCACUAGAAAAGAUUUCAGCUUGAGUUAUCAUAUUUGUAACCAUCACACAGUGUUGUUGGUUAAAAUUACUCUGGACAGGCUAAUUACUAACCAGAUAAUUUUCAAUUAGUUCCCAUCCCAAAUCGACAUCAGCUGGAAAUCCGGCGGGAAGUAUGGAGUAUUGGACAGUUGUUUCAUUCCACUCCUUGAAAAAUCCAUAUGUAGUGGAAGGUCUUGAAAUUAUAUGGGUGAGAGUUUAGGGAAGUUAAAUCUUGUGGUCAGCAUAUCACUACUAUUUCAUGAGUAAUACUCACUUCGGUUAAACAAUGUUUCUCCACACUUUCAUCGGAGAACUGUUAUCACCGAUUUGUUUAGUCAAUAUUUAUGAAACUUUUUACACAGACGAAAUCUUUAGACUCCAUCAAUACUGAAAUAAUAAGGAAGAAUUAAAUUGUGGAUGAAAGUGAUGCGAUUCGCUUACAUGGCUGUGUAAGAAAUAUAUCGCACACAAAUCGAUUUGGUGUUAGAUGUAGGAGAAUGUAACCACCAUGCAACGACUGCUUACAGUAAAAUGGAUCAAAGGAAUACUAAUGUGUAUGAUAAUUAUACUGAGAAAGAGGUUGUAAGCCUAAGAUUCUCAAAUCUGUAUAAUCUCUGGUUUCAGUCUCUUGAAAAUGAAUCUUCAAAUUAUUUAUAUACUAACCAUUUGUCAAUUUUUUGCCAUGAGAUAGUCAUCUAUGCUCAGAUUAUUUCUUGAACCUUCAACUUGGCUGUUUUCCAAGCAAUGAUGAGUAAGAAAACUUCAUCUCUCUGACAGGUUUCACAAAUGUGGACUGAAUAAAUGGAUGACAACACUUCACUGACUGCAGUGAUUGGCAACUGUUAUUUCUCGAAACACUUCUUUGUGUCAAAAGUAUUACGAUUUAAAGAACGUGAAGAAUCCUGGUUCAUAUCUUUUACCAAGAGAACAGUUUAUUUAAACUUAACCACUAUCGUAGUGCAGAUAAGUAAUUACCAUUUGUGUGUUUCAUUCCUGAUCUCACUCAUUCUUUCCUUCAUUGUUCCUUUUUUGAGGUUUUACACUUCAAAAUUUGAAGAUUAAUUCGAUGGUUCAAAUACCUUGUUUUCACUGACUAAUCUAGAAGUUCUCUGUUGAUUCCUAUAAACGAAUAACAAACUGAAACACUAUACCGUGCUCAUUAGUGAUACGCUUCAAGAUGAGAUUUUGUGACUAGUUGGGCAAACCAAAUCUAAAAUGAUCAGAAAUACUUACACAUCCAGCCACCUGUUACUCGAAUUAUAGACUGAUUUUUAGCUGAUAACCGAACUGUUAUGAAACCGACAGUAUCUUGUGACAGCUGAAUAAAUGUAUGCAUUUUAUCCUCGAUUAGUAACGUGGAGGGAUUUAAAUAAUUCAUCUACCAAUUAAACGUACUGAUAAAUUUUUUGAAUAAUAGUAAGUUUUUUAUAUUGCCAAUUAAUGCUUUCGUUACAAUUAACACAAGUGACUGUUAUUAGUUGGUUGAAGGCAACCCAAAGAAAAGUAUUUUUCACCUACGUUCCAUGCUCGCUGCUACUCGUCAGUUAAGUGUAAACUCAGACUCAGUGGAACUGAUUUUGGUUGAAAAACAAGAGCCCGGGCUCACUCAUUACUGCAGUCACAUAGAUUGCCAAAGAGCUACUUCAUAGGUGACUGACCUAUUGAGACUGACCUCAAACAGACACUUGGUCAUAAGUAAGACUAAAACAAUCCGACAAGAUGAGAGCAAUAGGCGUAUUUCUCUAAAACAUUCUCAUUAGCUUCAUCAAUUAGGAAGCAUUUUACACGUAGAGAAUACGGAGACUUUCAGAUCAAGAACAUGGAUAACACCAGUUAAUUUGUGUAAAGUAAAACAUUAGCAGAUGAACUUCAUCGUCCAAAUUCUCCUCAACAAUAGUCAUGACAAGUGACCAUUCCCAUUUCAACUCAAGAAAAGCAUAAGAAAUCACUGACACUUGCAGAAGAGUUUUGAAUUAGAGGAGAUGAAAAGAACUUCAGUGUAAUUCUGUCAAGCUGAACAGCGAGUUGCUACAAUUUACAAAUUAUCGAUUUGGGGAUAAAGACAAAACGUCUGACUGACUGAAGUGAUUUGGAGGGUAAUGUGAAUUCUAAAGUAUUCAGUGUAUGCUAAUGGAAAGAAGAUUGGUUGAAGAAAAUCAGGAGUUUGACGUACAGUCACAUUGUUUAGAAUGGAGAUGUUGUAGGCUUCAAUUAAACGGAGUGAUAAUGUUGACUUUAUCAAGUUAUUGCAUCCAGUCUGAAGAUUAGACAUUCACUGUGAAAUAUCGAGAGAUCAGAAGACAUGAAACAACUAUCAUCCCUGAUGUAGACUACUCACACUGACUAUUAUAUCACAGUGUGCAGUUCGCCAGUCAUGUCUAUCUAACCUAAACAUUUGUGCUUCACGUUAUCAUUAUCUUCUCAAAGCAUACCAUAUGCAAUUUCAGAAUAGCAUAUGACCAGUGAUCGAUAAGUCAAUGUGGGUUGUCAAUCUCUGAAGUAGAGUCCUAAGCUCAACAAAAUUGAAAGUGCUAGAGAAAGGUCUUAACUUUAAUGUUGUGGUUAACGCGUAGAAACCAGAAGGUGUCAUUCCUAAAAUAGAGAUAGCGUUAAGUUCAAUAGAUAAGACAAUUACAGAUGAGGUAAGAGCACAGUGUGCUCUAACGCUGAAACGACAGAAGAAAAUGAAAUCUAAGAUACGCAAGUCAGAUAGGAAAGCUCUCAGGAACUUUCAAAAUGAAAACAAUAUAGUAACUGCUAAAUCGGAUAAAGGCAACUCAGCAGUUGUAAUGAACAAAUCUGACUACAUCUACAAGGCGAACGAGCAUAUAGAAAGAAGACCAUAUGAGGAAAUUAAGACGUCAGUGGACACUAUUACGAAUAAGGUCAAGAAAUCGACAGGGGUUCUGAUACGCCGGAUGAAGCCGUUUCUAGGUGAUUCAAAGUGAUUUGCUUUAAUGCCGAAAACUAAUAAUCCCAGUGGAAUGUAUAGUAUUAUUAGGAUUCAUAAGUCAGGUUAUCCCAUCAGGCCCAUAGUAGAUUUUAGAAACACACCGACUUACGAGUUGUCUAAAUAUUUAGAGAUGUUGUUAUGCCCAAUAAGAAAUCACUCAAAAUCUCGACUUACCAACUCUUAUGAUUUAAAGCAUAGAUUAGAUAACAGUUAAAAAAUGGUUAGUUUUGACAUAGCUAGCCUUUACACAAAUAUACCGAUUGACAUGGCUCUACAGGCAGUUCGAAAUGGGCUUAAAGAUGACAAAGAACUUAAGCAGCGAACUAAGGUACCUAUCGAGGAAAUCAUACUAGGAGUACAAUUGUGCCCAACAUCUACAGUUUUUUAAGUUUCAAAAUAAAAUAUAUAAACAAACUGAAGGUGUUGCUAUGGGAUCACCAAUAUCCCCUAUCGUCGCAGACAAAUUUAUGGAUAAUUGGGAACAGGUGGCCCUCCAAACAUUUAGUCCCACUCCAAAGAUAUGGUUCCGAUAUGUGGAUGAUACGUUUACAGUACUGAAGUCGGAACACAUCAAUAGGUUCUUGGCACAUAUAACUUCAGUAGCAAGUGCAAUCUAAUUUACCUGUGACUUAGAAAGUGAUGAAGGUGAGCUAGCAAUUUUGGAUUGCAAGAUUAAGCGAACACAAGAAGGAAAUCUAGAGACUAGUGUCUAUAGGAUACCUACCCAUUCGAAUCGUUACUUAGACUUCAAAUCCUUUCACUCCAUUUCAGUUGAAGUAGGCCUACUUAAAUGCUUAAGUGAUAGAGCAAAAAGCUUACUAGUAGAUCGGAAAAUCUGCGACAAGACAUUAGACACAUCAAGAAUACCCUACAUUUCAAUAACUACCCACGAAAAUUUAUAAAUAAAUUCAUAGCAAAUCUAAAGAAAAAUAUUAGCAGUGGUAGUAGUAGUAAUAAUAAUUCUACUACUAAUAGUAAUAAUGGCAACAGGGUUAAGAAGGAAUUCAAAGCCUCUACUGUGUUACCAUACAAGAAAGGCACCUCAGAAGCAUUACGAAGAAUUCUCAAUAAGGCUGGGAAUGAAGUGGCAUUCAAACCAACAAACUCACUUAGAAACAAGCUUUGUAGGUUAAAAGAUCCGAUUGAUGCAAUUAGGCAAAAUAAUCUGGUUUACAAGAUCCCUUGCAAUGAUUGCGAGGUCAAGUACAUAGGUCAAAGCAGUCAACCAGGGUCGAUUAGAAUAACAGAGCACAAAAACUUAGCUAAAUCAAGAUUAGUAGAUCCUAAUAAGAUAAGAAAUCCAGAGAAAAACUCGGCUGUAGCUCUGCAUGAGAUGACACACAACCAGGCAGUAGGGUGGGAUAGGGUCGCAGUGUUGAAAACAAACCUAGUUGGGUAAAGAGAGAGAUUGAUAACCGAAUCUUUGUUUAUCGAAACAACAUCAAACAUAUGCCAUCGAAAUGAUUCUGCACCUGUCCCAGAAAUAUGGAAAAUUCUACUACCCUUGUCAUCACAGAGAAGGAGAGAAAAUUAGGAAUAUAUAAAGACUGUCUAGAAGUUGUGGAGUUACCUGAUAUGAAUAUCGACAAUGAAUUGUGUCCGAAACGUUAUCCAGUAAAUGCUACUGUGUGAUAUUUCUAAUAAACAGACUAAAAUGGAAUUCUAAGGAGAGUUUAUCUGCAUAGCUGUCCACAUGCACAGAUUUGAUGAAAAUUGUUUUGAAAUGUUUGCUAUCCAAUCCAUGAUAAAUAAAAUAUUUUGUAAUCAUCAGAUUUUUGACCAUUCUCGAAAACAAUGCCUAGUUUACUUCACUUCAACAUUUAUCCAUGAAGUUUACAGUAGAAGAAUUUCAUAAAGUAUUUGCUAUGAAGGCAUAGGAACUCAAUGUUCAGGGUCAUUAGAAUUAUACUAGAUGCAUAUACUGCAGAAUUGUUCAGGUUUGUUCAAUACAAUUCAUUUUCAAAACAUUGUAUUGUUUGUGAAGUGUAUGUAGAGAGGAGAAAAUUGAUUUCUGAUUCCCAGACAUCCAUAUAUAUUCGGUGAUAGUAGUCUUUGAAGUCUAAUAUGAUAUAUCUUGAGUUGAAGAAAAUGCUACACUUACUACGAUACCCUCACCUAAAUGACGAAAUUCAGGGUAUAGUAGUGCACUGCCUCCAUAAGCUCCAUCUACAUGAAACCAAAUAUUGUAUUUCUUGCCUAAAAUUAAACAUACAACAACGGAUAUUGUUCACUAUUAUUCUUAGCCUUUACUAUACAAUAUAAAUUAUGGCUUUCACAUGAAUGCGAAAGUGACCCUUCUCAUAUGCUUUCAAGAAUGCCUCUUAGGUUGUAUGUGAUGACUAAAUGUAUUCAACCCUUUGGCAUUAGAAUUUAUCAAGUUAGAUGAUAGGUCAGAAGUGAUAUGCAUGCGAUUCAGUGUCAAGCCAAUCCGUGAAUCACAAACAUUUACUGACCUGACUAAAUCAUAUUUUGAAGAAGAUCUCACGUGAAACUGGUGUUCUAGCAAACAAGCUCUAAUACAUUCUAUCCGAUAGAUCUAAUUAACUAGCAAUGUUACAGAUAAUUUGUCAAACUAAAUUGAAGUCAUGCGUCUUAACAAACCUUCAUAGGUCAUGGACACAAACACUUCUUUUCACAAUUUCUCAAAUGCAUAUAUAUAUAGGAGGUUCGUCAUCAAAAUGGAUAACUCUUCCUCAAGUGCCUUGCAGUAUCUCGGUUCUCAAUGUAAGUUCGAGUGAAAUGAUGCGUGUAUUUUUCUUCGUUUGAUGAUGACUGAUGAGUCCUCAGUGCAGUCACGAGUCGAAUCCUCAGUAGCUUAUGUAAUGUCAACCACAUACAAUUCAUCGUCUCCAGUAUUCUUACCGAUAUUUAUGAGCAAGAUGCUCACUUGUAGAACGACCGCCUAAUGUUUAGUGUCUAAUUGAUAUUCGGUGUGGGGUUUCUGCCCAAUAGCGAUGACACGAGAGGGGAUUAUCAGUGUGAGCUGAGAGGCUGUUUCAUGACACAAGUACCUAUGUAUUUGACUAAGAGAUUGAUUGCACUAGCAUACACACUCAACCUGAAUAGGUCUACACAACUGUUUGGAAACUUCUCACCACUUGAGUGGAUAUUCAUGUGUAUUUAUGAAUUUGUUUCACUGGUUAACGUGAUGUAACGUCUGUUUGAAAUAUACGAUGUGUGGAUAGUGUAGGUACUAAGCUUCAGGCAUGCCACUCAUCACAAAGGUGUCACCACAAUCUCUUGCACACUCACACUUCUUCAAAUUUCCGACUUUGUAUCACUCACCAUGCGGUCACACGUGUUACGCUGAUCUGUUCGAUAAGAAUAUAUUCGGCUUUACAGCACCAAUUCUUAUUUCUCCGUGAUAUACAGAUAUCCUGAAACGGUAUUGUAGAAAGUCAGGGAGGCUGAGAAGAAUAUCAUUCCUACAUCAACGCAUGCUAGGGUAUGCUGUCCAAGAGGAUUUUCAUGGAAGAGAAUGAGAUUUGAGUACUUACUUAUAUGUUCUCACCAUCGCACUGAUACACAGCCGGCAAUAUCCUCAUUCACUCUGAGUGGGUUCAAACUUGUACAGUCAGUCGAUGAAAUAGUUGAAUUGGUCUGGCUCGUAAGCCAUUAUCUUGCAUCAACUGUUUUCCUUGACUAGUUUCCAUCUCGAUUGACAUAGACUGGUGCAUCCAUUUGUAGUGGCGUCUCACCUGCCGUUUAAAACUGGACGCUAAAAAUGUGGAGAGGACUAAGAGCAUUGUUCAUUGAAAUGCAUACAGUAAUCCCAAUGAAUACGAUAAACUGUUUUGCUUAGAAUUUCAAUGGUCAGUCCCAACAAUUUGCUCAUUUUCAGAUCUCGCGCAUCACUGAUCAUCUAAUAAGGAUGGAUUCAAAGGAUUUCGAAACGGCAUCUGGAAAACUUGUUCAAUAUAUUAUUGAGUAUCGAAACGGUGCAAACAAACGGAAAUUCUCUGUACUUCCUGAUCUGGAGAAGAUUAAACCUGGUUAUCUGCAAAGGCUACUGCCCAACAGAGCACCGGAAAACAAAGAGCAGUUUGACGAAAUACUUCAAGAUAUAAGGCAAAAAAUCAUACCUGGAGUGACUCAUUGGCAACAUCCAGAUUUCCAUGCGUUCUAUCCAACUUGCACAUCCUAUCCAACAAUGCUCGGAGACCUGUUAGCUGCAGCUAUUGGAUGUGUAGGAUUCACAUGGUUGGCUUGUCCAGCGUGCACAGAAUUGGAAGUGAUUACACUGGAUUGGCUAGUGCAUGCGUUGAAACUACCAGAGAAGUUCCUGUCAGCUACUGGGAAACGUGAUCCUUCACAUACAGGCGGUGGAGUAAUAGAGCUGUCAGCAAGCAUGGCGUGUGCAACACUAACAAUGGGUUUGCGUGACAGGAUGCUGAGAAAUUACAUCAAGGAUCCACAUUCACUGAGCGAAGAUGAUCAUCUGAAGGGGAAUGGACCGGGUUCUUUGGUUGAUCGAAUGGUUGCUUACACAUCGGACCAAGCACACAGUUCAGUGAGUCGAGCAUUUCGAAUAGCUAUGGUCAACAGUCGGAUAAUCAAGUCGAAACGAUGUGGCAGACGUCUUGUUUUCGAUCCCGUCGAUCUUCGUCGAGCUAUUGAAAAGGAUCUGGAGAAGGGAUUCAUUCCUCUGAUGUGUGUUGCAACGAUGGGUACAACAUCGACAUGUGAAUUCGAAGACCUACAGGGAAUAGGACAAGUCUGUAAUGACUACGGCAUUUGGUUUCAUGUGGAUGCAGCCUACGGUGGGAUCGCACUACUCUGUCCUGAACUUCGCCAUCUGAGCAGAGGGAUCGAGCUAGCCGAUUCUGUCAACAUUAAUGCGCAUAAAAUGAUGAUGGUGAAUGUGGACUCCUCACCUCUGUGGCUCAGUGAUCACCGAGUGCUGACUGAGGCGUUCGAAGCCAAUCCGCUUUACUUGCAUCAUGCAUAUGGAGGAAUGCCUGAUUAUCGCAAAUGGAGUUUGUCACUGGCCAGAGGCUUCAGAUCACUGAAACUGUGGUUCGUCCUACGUACGUAUGGAUUGAGUGGUUUACGCGAAAUGACACGACAUAAGAUAUCAUUCUUAUCCUACAUUAUGGAUUCAGAAGAAUUUUUGUCUGCAGCUCAACAACUAAUUCAGUUCAUUGUAAAGUAUCGAAAUGGUGCAUUCUGUCGUGAAUUCCCUGUCCUACCUGACCAAACUAAUAUCAAGCCUGGUUAUCUGAUACCUCUUAUGCCAAAUAGAGCCCCCGAGGAUAAAGAAAACUUUGAUCAGAUACUUCAGGAUAUUAAAGAUAAAAUUAUGCCUGGAGUUACCCACUGGCAACAUCCAGAUUUUCAUGCAUAUUAUCCAACAGCUUCAUCAUAUGCCUCAAUGUUAGGAGAUUUAUUCAGUGCAAGUAUUGCAUGCAUGGGAUUUUCAUGGAUUUCUUGUCCUGCUUGUACAGAAAUGGAGGUAAUCACUUUGGAUUGGUUGGUUCAUGCAUUUGGAUUGCCUGAUAAAUUUCUAUCAGCCUGUAGUGUGAAUGACCCUUUGCAUAAAGGUGGUGGAGUUAUCGAGCUAAGUGCAAGUUUGGCUUGUGUAACAGUGUCUUUAGGAGUACGAGACAGAUUAAUGAGAAGCCAUAUGAAAAAUUCUACAAAUCCUGAUCAGUGGAACGAUGAAGAAAAUGCAUCAUUAGUUAGUCGUUUGGUAGCGUAUACAUCAGACCAGGCACAUAGUUCAGUUACUCGUGCAUUUCGUGUGGCUUUGCUCAAUUUUCAUGUGAUUCAAACAAAAAAGGUUGGAAAGAGAUUGGUAUUUGAUUCUAUUGAUCUACAGGAAGCUAUAGAAAGUGAUAAAAACAAAGGACUUAUCCCUGCAAUGUGUGUAGCAACAAUGGGGACAACAUCUACAUGCGAGUUUGAAGAUCUUCAUGGAAUCGGUACUGUAUGCAAGAAAUACAAUAUUUGGUUUCAUGUAGAUGGAGCUUAUGGAGGCAGUGCACUACUAUGCCCUGAAUUUCGUCAUUUAGGUGAGGGUAUCGAAUUAGCUGACUCAGUCACUAUCAAUGCUCAUAAAAUGUUACUUACCAAUUUCGACUGUUCACUUCUCUGGUUAUGUGAUCAUCACAUCAUAUCAGAUGCAUUCGAAGCCAAUCCAUUGUAUCUACGUCACACUUUUGAAGGAAUGCCUGAAUAUCGUAAUUGGAGUUUAUCACUUGGAAGACGUUUUCGAGCUUUAAAAUUAUGGUUUGUUCUACGUUUGCACGGUCUUAAAAAUUUGCGCGGUUUACUUCGUUUGCAUGCACAAUUGGCUAAGAGAUUUGAACAUUUAUUGAUAGAAGAUGGCCGGUUUGAGAUUGUUAACGAUAUUCAGUAUGGUCUGGUUUGUUUUCGAAUGAAGGUAAGCACUUCAGAAUAAUACCAUACAAAGUGUAUUUGAUAAUUUCAGUUUGUUAUUUUAGACUUUUAUAUAUUUGGUUCUAUAGGGUAGUUUUAACGAGGCAAAAAUUAACAAGUUUGCAGAAUAUGAUGAUAUUAAAUGAAAGAAAUUGAUCGUCAGGAAACCCUUAAUUUACGUUCUCUGCUUAUUGGUACUUGCUUCGAACAUGUAACACUAGAAGACAGUACAUUAGAGUGAUGUGUCACUUCGAUUAGCGGUUGCAUUGCAAAAAUCGAUCUGUCCUUAGCACUAACAAUUAAACAACUACUCAGUGAGCUGUAAUCAUACUUGAUCUAAGAAAGGAGAGUAGAGUUGCUAAGGUUUCUACUAAAACAAGUGAAGUUUAACCAUUAAUUCAUCCAGAUUAACAAGGUUAGUUUUUAACCUUUGGAUUAAGAUAGUUCCUGUGAAGUCAACUAGGGUGGAACCGUGUUGUUCAUUAAUCAUUUUGAAUACAUUACUAGUGUUCGCAUUAUUCCAUAUUUUGAACAGAUGAUAUGCUAUCAAACUAUUCUUACUGUUCGAUCCUUUCAAGCUCACUUUCCAGGGAAUAUUUUCAGCAGACUGUAUAGAUACCCACCUUUCUAUCCUUUCAAUAUCCAUACUUUUGCACAAACAUGUAAAUUGGUAAAUACAGCAGGACGCAAAUUAUGGAAAUCAAAUUCGUCUUCCUUGGUUUACACUAACCUCCCAUUUUCUUCAUGUUCAUGUCUAAAGAAGGGAUAAUAAUUCAUUUUGUUGAUCUAUUUAUGAAAAGCUUACGUGGAAUGAACAGUUUAACAAUUUUCAAACUUUGGUCUGUCUAAUUAGGAAGAGAAAUCUUAUUAAUUUAAGAGUAAAACUUAGGCACUGUGGUUGACCAUAAUUUUAUUCAAUAACUCUCUUCAAUGACCAGAAAAAUAUGUUCAGAGGAAACUGUUAGUGAGGAACCCUAGUAGGAAGUAGUUUCUCUCCUAGAUUCAUAAAUAAGAACUUGAAACCAAGGAAGAAACACAUGCAGUGUCGAAAGAGAUUUCUUGCUGAAUGUCGAAUUCAGAAAUGACAUUACUGAGGACAUCUUUGAGAAACGACUAUCAAAAUUCUUAUGUAGAACUUACUGCUCUGCUAACCUUCGAGUUUUCUCCUUCUGUAAGAAACUUUCUGGUCAGUGUAUGAAAGACAAGCUGACGCAUACGGCCGGACCAGUGUAUGCAUACCAGUUUACUUAAUUCUAUGGAGUUGAGCAAAUCGACCGUGACAUGAGCCCAAUUGUAAGAUGCGUUACAGAAACUACCUAGCCUGGCUGGCAAGGAAAGAGCAAAAAUGCACCUUCGGUUCGAUAACAGAACAGCUUGUGAAUUCAAGUUACUCACCUUCCCUUUAGUAACCUUUCAAAAUCCUCCACAAGUUUCAGUCAUGCCUCUCAAAGAGAAUGAAAUCAAGGCAUUUGGAUUUAGCUGAAGCACUAGCCAUAUAAACGUUCAAACCAGCAAUGUGUCCAAAAAUUACGUUCAAACUUUGUCCUUAACAUAGCCAUCAUAAAACCAUGACUUAGUUAGACAAAUCCUGCAUUACUCAAUCAUACUUACUCUGUUGACCCUUUAUAUAUUUCCUUACUCUAGACUUUCAUUCAUGUUACGUAACUUUCUUUCGCUACUGAAUAUUUUUUGACCUCUGACCGGAUAUAAUUCAGGAACGUUCUGCUCUUUCUAAAGAUACAAAUAUAUAGCUUAGUUAAUGAAUUCGUCGAUCUGUUUUGUCUUUUGCUAAGAACAGUUGAGUGACACUGAGGAUCAAAACAGGUGUUCAGUCCCCUGGUGUAAUUGUGCUGAUCAGCGUAUUUUUAACUUUGUUAUUUCGUCACCUUUGUAUAUCAGUCAGCUUAAUAUACACAGGUCAAUUUUUCUUCAUGUCUAGAGUGAAGUCCAUCACCAUAUUUCUGUGUGAAUCUCUAACGGUAGGCAUUUACUGGAGGUCACUUUUGUUCAUUACCUAUCUUUCUUGUAGUUCACUUACUGAGCAUCAUAUUUUGGCAGAAUAGUACAGUUUCAUGAUCGAUUGCUUGGUUAUUUGAUAUAGCCCAGAGUAACACAGUAUUAUUUACCGGAUAACGUUUCGAGUACAACUUAUCUCUCUUAUUCAUAUGAAAAUAAUCACAUAACUUUCUAUCUUCAUUUUUAAAGUGCAAAGGAGCUUAAGCUCUGUAUGAUUAAGAAUAAUCAACUGUACUCGAAACGUCAUCCAUUUAAUAAUGAUGAAUGACUUUAUUCUAGAACACAUGAACAAAAUCUGUGGAAUUGGAAAUGUCGUUCACUCCAUGUUUCUUCAAGAAUACUCACGCGUGUUAUCAUUUCGUUUUGUGAUACUCCAAUUCAGGAGCCUAGAAUCUCCUUUUGUGCUUUUACUCGAUGUUUGAAUGACCUGUGUCAAACGUUUGUAAUGGGCUCUUCGCAUGACUUGAAUUAUUGCGUACAAUAAAAUUAUCUCCAACAUACUCUGCACAGAAAGUGCUCCCGUUCAUUGCAGAUGUGAAUUUUAUCCUUUACACUUUAGCAACAAAUAUAUCGCUGAAAACUGAUCCUAGUGAACUUCCAAUCUGAUUAACAGUAGAAUUUUGUGAUGAACUGCUCCUCAUAUUUAUGUUGAUCACAUUUCCAACUUCUUGUUAAUUUCUCGCCUUAAAAUAGUAUAAACAACGAACUAUUAUAAUUUCAUGUCCAAACAUUUUUAUUUACUUCCACCUUCAAAUCAGCCCUCUGUUUAUCUGUUUGAAAAAAUAGUGUUGAAGUAUUAUUGAAUGAAGCAUAUCUGAAAUACAAUUUAUUGCGUUAAUUCGCAUGCCUUUUUUGGCAUUAAAUGGUGGAAAGCAAUUAGCGGAAAGGUCUAGGCCUAGACUUUAUGCUUGUUAGUGGGCAUCAGGAAGAUCUGAAUAGCUUGGUGGUUAAGCUUUCGACUUAAAGGCUGUGUGGUGUUGGUUGAAAUCAUCACGGGAAUAUCUGUAUCCUCACGACUAUGAAUGUGCUUUGAUGAUAACUGCCCAAAGGCAUAAAAUACGGGUAGACGGCAUCUUGUAGGUGAAUUCGCACCAUCCAAAGCCAAAAUAAUUUCCUUUAUUUCGAAAAUAAAUGUUUGAACCUAUGAAACAAGUACGUUAUUACAAGAGUAACCAACUAACUGUUCAACCUCAAACAAAAAGGGCAGAUAAGAUCAACAUAGAACGACGCAUUACUGCGUAGCGUUUCAAGUUACCACACCUUAUGUCAUUACAUCGAGAGAAAAUGCACUAUGAUUAAAGAUAAAGUAAUAAAACAAAGACCAGUCAAAAGUAGUAGAAAGCCGUCAAAAGAGAGUAGGGAUUAUACUAAAACUCGGUUUGAUGAGUAAGGUGAGAAUAAUGUGAAGGUAUAUCUUCCCCAUUGAGAUUGGUUCUAAUAUCUAACAUCAGACAUAAACAACUGGAAUGUUAGAUUAUUUAAAUUGGUGACCACUGGCAACCCUGUGGUUACUGGUUCGAAUCCGACUGCGGUCAAAAUUUUUAUUCCACCUUCAAUCAUCACCCAGCAUCAAUACUAGUCUGUCAAACCACGGCUAUUUCAGAUAGUCAAAAUGAUAAUAGAAUUCAGCCGAUAGUCAAUUAUGGACUAUAAGGAACAGACCAAUUAGCCUGGUUAUUUUAUUCUCAUAAUGAGCUUAAAUGUUAACCCCUUCGAGUGUGACACCGAAUGAAAACUUUCAAGAAUGUAUCAGUUUCCUCUGAGUUCUCCUGCUGAUGAGUGUCUCAGAACUGUCUAUCAAACUAUGUCAGUAAACCAACAUCACCUGCAGUGGACUUCAAUAUCAUGUCAUCUAACCUAGUGGUCAUGCUGUAAGCUUUCUGAAUAGAAUUCAGUCAACACUAACAACUAAGUAAAAUGACGCUGAUUUUUUUUGUUUCUGUUGUUUUCAUCCCCAUCAAGAUUACUUUCGGACUUAAGAUUAUGUUAUAUUAUAUCAGGGAUUUACUGACGUUGAAACAUGAUCCACAUGAAUGAUUUUCAUUGGCUGGGGAAUCGGAAUGAUCACUGCGCAGCAUUAUAUUCCAAACAUACUGAAUAACAAUGAAUUGACAAGGAAAUUGCAUGAAAAGUUACUACAAAAAGGUGAUAUUUAUCUGGUGCUAGGUUCAUACCAAGAACCUGAUCAGGUAAAUGGAGUCAAGUCAACCAAAACAGUGACAUUUCUUCGAUUCUUCUGCAUCCAUGGAACGAAAAUGGAGGAUGUUCAGUUUGCUUAUGAAAAGAUUGCUUUGAGUGCUACUGAAAUUUUAAACGAAUAUAAUGAAUAACAUAAAGGAAUCAAUUUUUCUGUAGCAAAUUAAUGUAAUAUGACUUAGUCGUAACAUAAACUCUUAAUCACAUCUCUUAUCAG